GAAUCUGCGGAGGAGAGACAUCAAAUUACGCUAAAAAUUGCAUGUAAAGAGAAAAAAGUGAGAAAUUGCAAAGAAAAAGUGAAUUAAAAAAAAUAAUAAAUUUUUGAAAAAUUAAUUAAAAGAAAAAAAUUAAAAAUAAAAGAGGAAAAAAGUGAAAAAAGAAGAAAAUUUUGAGCCAGUACAACAUUCGUGCAUUAAUUUUUGUUAGUUGAAUGCCGUUCGUUAGUGCAGCUCGAUGUUAGCCCCCCCUCAAUUGGCUGCUACACUGAAUAAACGAAGUGGGGGGCCUAAUUCUUCAUCAUCCUCAGCAACAUCGUCUUCAUCAUCAUCGUCGCAGCAUCUCCAUUCGCAUCAUCUCCAUCAUCAACAUUCAUCUCAUCUCGCGCCAACGACUUCGCAGGAGCAUUUUCACUACUUGCAAGGACCGCAGCAGCAGCAGCACGUUCAUCAUCAACACGCGCCUCCGCCACGCAUUCCGCACCAAAGUCGCUCCAUCGAACAGCAACUCUACGACUUGAGCAUUUAUCCGGAAACCGGUAAAAACUACCAUCAUCCGCAUCACCGCUAUUCGCUGAGUAACUUGAACAAUUGCAGUGUCAGUGUAGACAUAGACACACUACUGAAUUAUAACCUUGUGAGUGGCAUAAAAACAUUAAAAGUGGAUAAUCCAAAGGAAACGCAAAAUCCACCGACCGCAAGUGGUACGACGACAGCGCAACAAGCAGCCUCGACAACUGUCGGCAGUUCGGGCGGCACGCAGCAAGCAACUGUCGUUGCACAAUCCGGACAAAAUCCCGCAGCGACAUACCAGCAACAAAGCUUCUAUUGGUUGAACAAAGAUCCCGCAAGUAGAAUGCUCAUGGAUAAGGCCAAACAGAAACCUUCAUAUGUGACGGGGCCAAUACCGGAAUCAACAAGACAACGUCAUGCACCUCUCUAUGGCCGAUUGGUUGCUGAAGAGCAUUUACCGGCGUCGCAUCGUGAUGUGCAUCAACGCUCCCUUAGUCCUACCUCAUCAACAGACAUUCGUGCAAUGCAAGCCAGAAUACCGACACAUUUUCGUGAUCCUGAAACAGCACCUCUGAGAAAAUUGAGUGUUGAUCUAAUUAAGACGUAUAAACACAUUAAUGAGGUUUAUUAUACCAAGAAGAAACGACGUGCUCAACAAACACAGGGUGAUGAUUCGUCACAUAAAAAGGAACGAAAACUCUAUAACGACGGUUAUGACGAUGAAAAUCAUGACUAUAUCAUAAAAACUGGAGAGAAAUUUUUAGAUCGAUAUGAAAUUGACUCGUCGAUUGGCAAAGGAAGCUUUGGACAAGUCGUGAAAGCGUACGAUCACGAGGAACAAUGUCAUGUAGCGAUAAAGAUAAUUAAGAAUAAGAAACCGUUUUUGAAUCAGGCACAAAUCGAAGUUAAACUACUGGAAAUGAUGAAUCGAGCAGAUGCAGAAAAUAAAUAUUAUAUUGUGAAACUAAAACGACAUUUUAUGUGGCGCAAUCACUUAUGUUUAGUAUUUGAAUUAUUAUCAUACAACCUAUACGAUUUAUUACGCAAUACAAAUUUUCGUGGUGUAUCACUAAAUCUCACGAGAAAGUUUGCCCAGCAAUUGUGCAUGGCUCUGUGUUUUUUAGGUACACCAGAAUUAAAUAUCAUUCACUGUGAUUUGAAACCCGAAAAUAUUCUACUCUGUAAUCCAAAAAGGUCGGCAAUUAAAAUUGUCGAUUUCGGUAGUUCGUGUCAGAUGGGUCAACGGAUAUACCAAUACAUCCAAUCUCGCUUCUAUCGAUCGCCGGAAGUUCUGUUGGGCAUCCCGUACAACCUUGCCAUCGAUAUGUGGUCUCUCGGUUGUAUUCUCGUGGAAAUGCACACAGGCGAACCUCUAUUCAGCGGCUCCAACGAGAUCGAUCAGAUGAACAAGAUUGUCGAGGUGCUGGGCAUGCCGCCGAAACACAUUCUCGAUCAAGCGCACAAAACACGCAAAUACUUUGACAAGUUGCCCUCCGACGGCAGCUACGUGCUAAAGAAGACACAAAAUCAGCGAAAAUACAAACUGCCAGGCACCCGGAAGCUCCAUGAUAUUUUGGGUGUCGAAACGGGAGGUCCUGGCGGCAGGAGGCACGGCGAACCGGGACACAGCGUAUCGGACUACCUGAAAUUCAAAGACCUCAUUUUGCGGAUGCUCGAUUACGAUCCAAAUACGCGAGUGCGACCGUAUUACGCGCUGCAGCACAACUUUUUCAAACGCACCACUGACGAGGGCACGAAUACCGCAAACUCGCUCAGUAGCGUUAGCACGAGUCCUUCUGUUAGUUCGCAAGACCAAGGGCAUGGCCUAUCACUACAGCAACCUCGUUCCCAACGUAUGGAUCAUGUACUGAACUUAUACCAGCCGAAUAAUAGUCAUUUAAUAAAUUCAACAACAACAAAUCAGCAGCAACAACAGAAUUCGCAAUCAGCAUCCAACAAUUUGGUGUUAAUGUCUCAGGGAAGCAACAUCAACAACAAAUCAUCAGCACCGCUAGCAAUGGACGUUGAUCCCACAUUAUCACUCUCCUCACUCAUCAACAGUCACUCAGCAGUCAAUCACAGUAGGAGUGCGCGCGGCGGCGGCGUCAGCGGCAUUUAUCCAUCGGCAUUACUUACGCAGAUGCCCCAAAGUCUCCUCAGCAGCGGAAGUCGAACGAGUCAGAGUCUCGGUAUGGGCGGCACAUCGAGUUUCGCACCUGCUUCGUUGCCCCUCGAUCUCGUGAGUAAUCAAGGCAUUGGAGGACUUUUGCCGGGCGUCAGUGCCGGAGACAUGCAUUCGAUGCACAGUUACCAGGCGCAUCAUGCGAACAGCGGAAAUGGCGGCGCGAGUUUUGUGCCGCAUGUCGUUGGCGGCGUAAACAGCAACAAUGCAGCCAGCAAUAAUGGCAGCAAUAAUCCCGAUUCCGACGAAUCACCCAUGGUUGGGGUUUGCGUGCAACAAAGUCCCGUCGUCAUUCACUAACGAAGACGACGACGCGAAGAAAAACUUAAACACGUAUAAAGUACAUACAUAUUUAUAAAGAGAAAAAAACACUACAGGAUCAACAAAAUGGCAUUUCACAACGAUCGGGAAACAAGAAAAAAAUUAUUUUAUUGUAUAUUUUUUUUACCUCGUUUAUAAAUAUUUUUUUAUUUGAAAAAAAAAAGAAUUAAUUUUUAAAAAAUAAUAAAUUUAUUAAAAAAUUGGACGAUUUAUGAUGAAAAAUUGUAGUAAAAUUUUUAACCUAAUUUAUAUAAUUAAAUAAAAUAUUGUAAAAAAAAAUGACGAAAAUCAUCCGUCUCGACUCAAUUUUUAUUAUUUUAAUUUUAAUUAAAAAAAAUGCAAAUAUAGUUUUAAAUAAAAAAAACAUCCUAUUUGACGAUUUUUUACGAGGUCGUUAAACAAUUUAUUAUUAAUUAAUAUUUAAAAAAAAAUGAAGAUUAAAACCUCAUUCGCGAGACGAAAUGCCCUUACUUGGAAAUUUUUUGACGAACAAUAUCUGAAAAAAAAAUAAAACAAAGACUUGAUUCUUGUACAUAAU